CGCGGCUUUUUGCUGAGCUUGACUCCUACGUUGACAAUAUGUCAAAAAAACUGGAUAAGCAGAGUCUUGAUCUGGAAAACAUGUUUAAGCAAAGUGAAGAUCAUAAAGCUGAGAGAGGCAAUCUGGAGAGGCGGCUUUCUGAGUUGCAAAAUAAACUUUCUGUCACUGAGAUUAGUUGCAAAGAGGUUUCAGUGCAGAAUGAAGAGCUCCUGGCAACUAAUGAUAAACUCUCAAAACUUCAAGAGGAACUACAGACCAGUACUAAGCAAUUAGAUGAAGAGAGGACUUCACUGAAGAAGGAACUGGAGAAUCUCAAACACCUGCUGCAGGAAGCAGAGGCCGAAAACAAAGAACUGCAUCGUGGUAAAGGUGAAUAUUUGACUCAAAUUAAGGAGCUUCAAAGAGAAAAUGCUGAGAUGAAUGACUCUGUCUUGAAGCAUCAGUUGGACGUCGAGCAAACCGAGUCUAAAAGGAAGCAGCUGCUUGAGGAUUAUCAAAAUGUUUGCAAAGAGAAGAGCCGGCUGGAAGAGGACCUCAAGGAAAAGGAGUCAAAAUUCACCUGUGAGAGACACGAUCUGAUAUUAGAGCGAGAUUCUGCAAAAAAUGCUCGGAAGUCUCUUGACGCUAAAAAUGCUGAGCUGCAGGAAAAAGUGAAGUCAUUGAAUUUGGAAAAAGAAGACCUUAAGAUGAAGACUGUGCAGCUCCAGUCUCGGGUAGAAACCCUGACAAAUGAGAAAGCCGAGUUGUCGUCUGAAGUCGGCGCUGCUGCUCUGGAGAAAAAGAACCAAGAGACGGAGAAGGAGGAGCUCCAAAACAAACUCGGCCAAACCAAGAAAGACUUGGAGAGUCAAAUUCGUGAAUGUGAAGAGCUGAAAGCCUCUAAAGCCAGCUUGGCCCAGAUGCUUGAAGAGUUCAAGACAAACAGUCAAGUGACAGAUUCUGAAAGGCUCACCCUAUUGCAGGAAAAAGAAGACCUGCUUGCAUCCCAGAGGAAGGUGUCUAGUGAGAAAGACAACCUUUUCAGAGAGCUGCAAGAGCUCAAGGAGAAGCUCCAUGUCCUGACGGAACAGUUGUCCCUUUCUCACGAAAAAUAUAACGAGGCAUCAUCGUCUUUUGAGCAGGAGAAACAAGCAUUGCGUCUACAGAACUCUGAAAUGGAGAUGACACUUCACAACUUGCGUAAAGAAAAGAUGAGCCUGGAUUCAGCUCUUGAGCAGCAGAAGACGGAUUUUGAGCGUUUGGAGGAGGAGAAGGGAGAGUUGGAAGGGAAGUAUACCAAGGCCUUAUCUGAGAAGGAGACUCUUUCUGUGGAGCGUGAGAAGCUCGCUGGUGACAAUCGCACAACUAGGAGCCAGUUGGAUGGUUAUGGCAGAACCAAUGCUGACCUCCUUCAACAGAAGAGUCAUCUGGAAACAAAGCUUGAAGAAACUAAGUAUCAAAAAGAUGAGCUGGAAGCCAAGAUCACCACUCUGGAACGAGAAAAGACUGACCUACAGAAUGAACUGCGGAAACAUUGCUCUGAUGUUGAAAUUCUGGAAAAGACCAAAAUUGAACUUGUCGCUGAUCAUAAUAAAGUAAAAGCGGAGUUUCAGAAGUCCAACUUGGAGCUUUCUCAACAGGUAGAUAACCUUAAAAAGGACCAUCAUCAUCUUCAGUCUCUGCAGACCGAAGCUGAGCAGAAAGUCCAUUCUUUCCAGAAGGAGAACCAAGUUCUGCUGCAGGAAGUCCAGGAGUUAAAAAAACAGAUGACAUCUCUGUCGGAGGCGAAGGACCUGCUUGAGAUGACUCUACAAGCUGAAAACUGUGAAAUCACUAAAGCAAAAGCUGACAAAGAUGGUUUGUCUAAGCAAAUUGAAGAACUUCAGAACACUUUGUCCAAAGUAAUGCAGGAAAACAAAGAUAUAUCUUUUCACCGCAAGAAUGCUGAUGAACAAAAUAAGUCUUUUAAGGCAGAAAUGGAAUCUCUAAAAGAACAAUUAAAACGGCGAGAGCAAGAAAACCAUCAGUUGGGCCAAGAUAGGGAACAGCUGGCAACUAGGCUUGAGGAAAUGGACAAACGGAUGACUCUGUUGACAUCGGUGAAGGAAGAGCUUUUAGCUAGCCAGUCUGAACUGAAGCAGGAGACGUCUUCUCUUUGCGCCAAGAAAGAAACCUUACUCGCCGAACAGUCGGAGCUUCUUAAAAAGGUGAGGUGUUUGGAAGCAAGCAACAAACGGCUGCAGACUGAACUCCAGGCCCAAAAAACUGAGACGAUAAACUUGGAAAAACGGUACAAGAAUGCUCUCGAGGAGGCGUCUGCGUCUGCUGUGGUGAAAGAAGAAAUAUCCUCCAGCGUUUUGCAGCUGUCGGCUCAGAAGAACGCCCUGCAGGCUAAGAGGGAUGAAGCCGCCCAGCAAGUCAGGGAGCUCGAGUCGCAACUAAAAAACGCUAUUUCUAAGCAGCUUGAGGCUUCUGGUAACGCCGCUGACGCUCUUGAGAAGCUCGUAAAGGAGAAAGAAGCUUUGCUGAAGGAAAAGAACGAAGCUCAGUCAUUGGUGGAGGCACUGCAGCGCUCCAAGGACGAAAUCCAGACUCAGCUGGAAACAUUGAGAAAAGGGAAUUUAAAGUAUCAAGAAGACCUGAACACAUCCAAAGAGCAGCUUUCCACAGAAACACAGAGGCUGAAGAGUCUUUGCCAGGAAGUUGAGGAGCUUAAAGAAGCGGCAUCUGUGACGUCGCAGACUCUGCAGAGUCUUCAAGAGGAAAACAAAAGGCUGUCUCAGGAGCUGGCGAACAAUCACAAAGACCAGGGAGAUCUGGGGACGCUAACUGAUGAGCACUCAAAACUCAAGAAAGAGUUGGAAGAGUUGAAACGAAGCCUGCCAAAUAAUGUCUUCAGUGAAAACGCUCUGAGGGAGCAGCUGAGUGGAGAGAAGGCUGCCCUCCAGCAGUCCAUUCAUAAAAACGGUGCCUUAGUUGCAGAAAAGGACCAGCAGGUGGAGAAACUGAAGCGUGAGUUGGUUGCAGUGCGGGAAGAAAGUGCCUCUAUUAAGACGCUCCAGAAUACAAUUGAGACUUUGGAGCAGGAUAAAGCUAAUCUACAGGAUCGCGUAAAGAGACUGGAGAAGGACCUCGCUGCCAGGCCUGAUCUCAACCUGACCUCGGGAGAUGCGGUUUUGGACCAACUGAGAGAAGAUAAGGAGACUGCAGAGAGUCAGGAAGCGGUUGAGUUCUUGAAUUCAGUUAUUGUCGACCUCCAGAGGAAGAAUGAAGAGCUCAAAGACAAACUGGAGAAAAUGGCAGCCGCUGCCCUCAAUGGGAAUAGUCCAAGCGAAUUGGAUAAUGAUUACGAUAAGCAGCCAGAAAAGAAGAAACCUCCUCCGAGGAAGUUCUGCGACAUUUGCGACUGCUUUGAUCUCCACGAGACGGAAGACUGCCCCCUACAGGAGCAGAUGCCCGACUCCCCUCCUCACACCACCUACCACGGCAGUAAGGGUGAAGAGCGGCCAUACUGCGAGACCUGCGAGGUCUUCGGCCACUGGACCGCGUCCUGCACCGACGACCAGACCUUCUAAAGCCUUCCUAAAACCGCCGUUCGCACAAUCAAUACAUUUGCACAUCUUUGGUCGCGCCGUUCUUUUCCGGGUCUCAGCUUGUGUGUAUCUCUCAUGCUUGUUUUUGCCAAGCAUAUUUGCUGUCCACACUUGCCUUGUAGAAGAACGGUUCCCGGCAUGUUUCCCAAAAGUUAAGGCAAUCCAGAAGUUACAGAAAGUGGCAGCCGUUCGUAAGUGGGAACGACACUGGAUGUUUAGCAUCCUGGUUCUGAAAGGGUGAUGGGGAACGUGGUGAGCCUUCAGUUUAGCUAAUUUAUCAGUAUCCGACCGCUGUUUGCACAGAUUGUCAGGGGCUACAGAGAUAAUAUAGUAUAUUAAACUGUGUAUUUGAAACUGUAAAAUACUUGAUUGAAAACAGUUUUGAGCAACAAAAAAAAAAAAAAAAAAAAAACGAAAAGUUUUAGUUUUUUUUUUUUUGCCCGGGAAGGGGGUACUCUUUAAAAGGUUUAAUAAUGUAACUUUAUGACGGGGACAGUCUGGAGCGGAGCGGUGAAACCCGGAGCUCUUUGGCUCCAAUCGGUUUAACUUUCUAUGGUCCUUUUGAAAUGGAUGCUGGGAAAUUUAUUAAGAUUCUCACCUACUGUAAACCUUUGAUUCCUGUUAUUAUGGCCUUUUCAGGAAGUUUCUAAUUAAUGAAGCUGAUUUCCUUUUGCAUCAAUGAAUACUUUGACAUGUUUUGAUAAGUUUUAAAUAUCUGUAUGAAAAUAAAAUUUAUGGAUGAA